UUUUAAAAUUUCCAGCCUCCAAAGCGAUAUGGAGAAGUGCACACUGCAUACAACUUUUACAAUGUCAGUGUAAUGCAUAAAUUUACUUCAUCCAAACAAGAACAACGGCGUGUCGUAGUAAUUCCGAUUUUCUUUGUCUAAUUUAUUUGCAGAAAAUGUUUUGUGGAGAAACGUAAAUGGUCUUUUAUAUGUAAUUUUUCAACAAUUAAAUUAUCUAGUGUGAGUAUAGUGGGAUUUGAGAAUAUGGCUUAGCUUGAGUCUCCAGUUGGUCGAUAGUUCAAUUACAUUUUUCUGACCCAUUUUUUGGGUUGGUUUGAUAAUAUGAGCUAUAUAGACUUGACAAAUUACAACUCGACCUGUUGACCCGAUCCGAAACCGCUCGAAAAUUAUAUAUUUUUGUAACUCGAAAUUCGAAUGACCCGAACCCGAUAAGCGAUAACCCAUGGUUUUUUGGGUCGGGUGGGUGGGUUAGUGGGUCGACCCGUUAGACCCGUUUUAUUUUAUAUAUCACUCUCAAAAUGAUAAAAUCACUCAUAAAUUGGUGAGAUGUUUAAAAAAAAUCACAAGGAUUUGAAUGACAUGUUUUGGAAUUUAAGGAUCAUCAAUUAUCAUGUGUUUCUUGUAGUAGUAUUACUCUUGUGAUUUUUUUUUUUUUGACGAUUUACGCAAUUUGUAUUUCAUUUCAUUAGUGUGAGAGGAUUUGAAUAUAUGUUAAUUGACAUGUAAGAAAAUAUGUGAACAUGCAUAUGUGAACAUUUGUGUUCUGUAAGAAAAUAUGAAUAAUGUUUGAUAUUGUUUCUGAGAACGCUCAUAACCCGAAAUAACUUGUAACCCGACCCGAAACCGAAUGGGUUGGGUCAAUAUUUGACCCGAAAUCAGCCAACCAAACAUGACCUGACCCGUAACCGAAAUCCCCAACCCGAAAUUACCCAACCCGACCCGAUUGCCAGGUAUAAAGCUAUAGGUAGGAUCAGCAUGGAUGCAUGUACGGUAUUCUCCUCCCUAGUCAUCAUCCAUUCCUGCUUUUGACACUUGACUAGCUCGUUUAUCUUGGACUGCCGUGAUGUUACCGGAGUCAUUGGUUAGAAUGUGCUCGAUCGGGUUUGGUUCAAACCUGUAUCGAACUGCUAAAAAGAUAAAAACCUCCAAGCUGCAAAUCGGAGGUUAUGUGGUGAGUCACAUCGGAGGAGGGUGUCCUGAAAAACAAAUUAUGCAAUUUCAGUGUUGUUUAUGCCGCGAAACUGCAGCAGACCGAAGAGCAAUGUGGUGCAUUCUGCAGCCAGGAUUGUCGGUUCAGCACCACGAACGCCACCAGAUCCCCACUACGGUUUGGUGUUUGUUAAACUGUACUAGUUGCCGCACCACUCGCAUCCAAUUGCGGAUGGUUUCUCUCUGUUGCCACCAGUUCUUUCCUCGAGAUCGAACGAUCUUAGUGCACCAAGGUGACAUUGGGGAUCAACUAGAAUCACCUUUACAUUCUUGAUGCCUUUUUGAAUCCGCGUAUUUUCAUAACUCUCAAUCAUGGUCCAUGAAACCGUACCGAGAAAGUCAGCGUUAGAGUAUUUUAUUGUAAAACCGUGGUUUAAUCGUAGUUCAACCGUUAUACUGGUAAAUACCGCAUAUCGAUUUAGGCUACAAUACUGGUAUUUCGUGGUUGAACCGCCGGUCCGGUACGGUUUAAUGGACACUGCUCUCAAUGGGUUGGUCGGGGGCCAUUAAUGAGAUUCUAGAUUUACUACCAAGAGUCGGUCAUAUUUCAGCAAAUUCCUUGCUUUCUAUGCUGUAAUAAUUCCUCUUGACAUUUCUGACUAUGGUUGACUGACUCUCCUCUCCAGUCCACCACGCUCCUAAGCGACAUUUUCCUGACCUGUUUUUUGGGGUUAAGUGGACAACAAAUAGGAACUAGGAUACAACUUGAUCAUCCACAGUACUGGUCAAUUCGCGCGUUGAAGCGUCGACUUGCUGUUUGAUUGUGUUGUUGUUAUAUAGGAGCAACAAAAAUUGUCUCUGUUCUUCUUCUCCUAGUACCAGAAGCUGCAUAAAGCGAAAAAAAUGAAGACUGGAGCAUACUAUAUCCACGCUUUGCUUCUCCUUCUCACUUGUGCGCUUCUGAUCUGCUCGCGCAUCCACGGCCUACAACACCACCACAACUUGCGACUGCCGAAGGAGCAGCGAAUUAUAUGGACACCAAAAUAUCAUGCUUUCUGUUGUUUAUAUGCACUGCAGGGCAUGUUUUUUUUUUUUUUUUUCUUUCUAUGUCAUUCAAGGCAAAUCUGUAUCUGCAGAAGUAGAAAGGAUUUGGUCAAUUAGCUCAUGCAUCAGCGAUGGCUUCAUCAAACUGACAGUCAAGUUUCUUCAUUACUCGGUGGCGAGGUUGUUACAGUUCAAGUACCUGCCGCCCAUGCCUCUGCAGCAUUCAGCGUCGACUUCGUCAUCUAUCCUGUUCUGGUUGGGAUUUGCUCCUGCGAUGGUAGGAACUGGAGACCCAAGCAUGCAACUGUCAUCAGGCGGCAGCAACGGCGCUGCGAAAGAUUAAUUGUAGGAUGCAUGUAAUUUGGGUAGCGCUCCCUCUGUUCAUUUUCGUUUCAGUUUUACCAUAUCAGGGAAUUAGAUUGUUAAUCAAGAAACUGCACUUGCGGAUUGUAUUUGUUCCUGGAAUCUUAGUAUUUAUGAAAUAUGCAUUGCAUUUUCACAUUUUUGUCUGAGCGGGAUAAUAUAUGUACUUGUAAUCCAACUUUUUCAUCAAUUAGUUGGUCAAGUUAAUCCGCGGUUUGGUAUCGAUCCACCUGUAAAUAAUACUUAUCGUAGUUCGUAGUGGGUGGGUGAUUGAUGUGGGUGGACAGCGGAUUGAUAAAUCUCCUACCUGCACUUGUUUGAGUGGGUGGUGGGUGGAUUGUGGGUCUCCGAUCACGAAUAAUGGGCCUAAGUUCUGGUCCUUAAGGCCAAUUUUUUAAGGAAGAACUUAAAGCCUUGUGAUUGGCUAAUUCAAGAUAAAGUGGUUAGUAGGAGUUAUUAGUUAAAAAGUUGUUAGGGGUAUUAAGGAGAAUACAAUUAAAUUAAAAAUUGUCUAUUAUUUUCAAAAACACCCUAAGGGACGGUUUAUUUUUGGUUUUCGUCUUCGUCGGGUCUUUUAUUGUUGCCGCCGCGGGUCCGGUCGAGUUUCCCGUCGUCCCUGCGUCUCCGUCAACGGCGAGUCCGUCGCAUAGUCCCUGAAGCAUGAGCCCGUCGAGUUCUCCGUCAAACACGAGUCUGUCGUCCCUAAAGCACGAGCUCGUCGACUUCUCCGUCAAACACGAGUCCGUCGUCCCUGAAGCAAUCAUCUUGAAGACGCUCGUCCGGUCGAGUUAUCCAUCAUCGGUCGUCGCUGUUCGAGUUCGCCCUCUAUCUCCGUCGUCGCUGUUCGAGUUGUCCAUCAACAAGGCACUUCAUUAUUAAUCUUCCUUCUCCGAUUAUUAACUUGUACACUUUAACUUUUAACAAUUAAUGAUAAAUUAAUAAUCAUUCCUCUCGGAUUAAUUAUUAACAACCAUCAACAUCUUUACUAAUCUUCCCUUCUUGGAUUAUUAACCUAAAUCAACAAUGAAAUUUUUCAUGCAAACUUUACUAUUAACCAUGUCUUUUUUAAUUAAUAAUUUAAAACAACGAACAUUUCUACUUUCAAAGUGGAUUAUUAAGUUAAACACUUCGAUUAUUAAUAAAUUGGUAUUAUCAGUUAACAAGUAUUAUUAAUAAAUUGGUAUUAUCGGUUAAUACUCGUUUAUGAAGAUAUUGAUAAUAUGUUUAAAAAUAGUAAUGACCUGAUUACAUGCAACGUUGAUUAUUAAUUAAAACACCACAAAUAUUAACAGUUAACGAAGGGAUUAUUAUUAAUCCCACACCAAGUAAUUAACUUAAAUUGUUAACAAUACUAUUCUGUUUUAUUAAUAAUUUGGUAUUAUCGGUUAAUACUCGUUUAUGAAGAUAUUGAUAAUAUGUUUAAAAAUAGUAAUGACCUUAUUACAUGCAAAGUUGAUUAUUAAUUAAAACACCACAAAUAUUAACAGUUAACGAAGGCAUUAUUAUUAAUCCCACACCAAGUUAUUAACAUAAAUUGUUAACAACUCUGGUCUGUUUUAUUAAUAAAUUGGUAUUAUCGGUUAAUACUCAUUUAUGAAAAUAUUGAUAAUAUGUUUAAAAAUAGUAAUGACCUGAUUUCAUGCAAAGUUGAUUAUUAAUUAAAACACCACAAAUAUUAACAGUUAACGAAGGCAUUAUUAUUAAUCCCACACCAAGUUAUUAACAUAAAUUGUUAACAACUCUGGUCUGUUUUAUUAAUAACUUACCAAAAAUAACGUCUCUUGGCCUUGGCGAUCCCAUGGAAAACGAGACUAGAAGGACACACGACGACCCCGACGACGUCGGAAAGCAGACGAGAAGGGGACGACGAUGUCACCGGCCUUCUUUGCGACGACGGCGACAGACGACAGAAGGUGACAGCCGAGACGUCACUGGCCUUCUUUGAGACGACGACGACAGACGACGACAGAGGAAAAACGAGGGAACGGGACGACGACGCCGGAACGCAAGCGCCGCACAGCAAACGAGAAAACGAAGACGAAUGAGUUUAGGGUUGGGAGGAGUUUCUUUUUUCUCUCGUUCCUUAAUUAAUGAUGGCAUUUAAUUACUUUUUAUAUUCCUAACUUACCCUUUAACGUUUUAGGUAGGUAGUUAACCAAUCAUUACUAAUCACUCUCUCUCUCCUUCUCCUAUUGGCUGAAAGGGGUUUAAGAUUUUCCUUAAAAAAUGGCCUUAAGGACCUGAUCCAACCCGCGAAUAAUGGGAUCUCUUUGACUGCUUCACUGUACCGGUGGAUUAGUUGACUCCCCGUGGUCGAAAGAUAGGAACGAAAGACUUGUGACAACAGACGGAAGAACCUAUAUCUGUUCUCUAUCCUGAAGCCAGAUCCGGACAUUGACUGAUUGAUAGCAACCGCUUUUUAGAAUCUUAUGAAUCGCGCACGACACACUUUAAGUAUAUAAAACCAAAUAAAUAAUAUAAAACCAAAUAAAACUUCAUCGUUCAGGUCUAAAUACUAAAUUUUAUAAUACUCUUCUUCCACAAAAUCCCCUUGUAGAAACUUGCUAUCUUCCUUCUAAUGAGUUCCUUGAUAAUCAAUUUAGAUUUUAAACCUCAACUAGAUUAUGUAUAUGAUUUGAAGAAAGAUCAGAAGUGUUCUAGAACCAAACAAAAUUAAACUUUUAGGACUAUGGUCAUCAACAAAAGCACCUUAGCAUUGUCGCUAUCAGCCCCUUCUACAAAUUCUGAAAGGACAUUUGCAAUGAGCUACGUAAAAAACACUCUUCACUUUGAUGAACAAAUAAAAUCAUAAAUAAACAUUUCAUAGAUAG